GAGUUGGUGGGGAUCGCCGAUGAGGAGAAGCCUGCGCCUGUACCCAAGAAGGCCAAGGCGAAGGAUGUUGGCGAAGCGAAUGGCGACAAGAAGAUGGAUUUGUUGCGCACCAAGCUGGAUGCGCUCAAGAGAAAGGCUGAAGGAAAAGGCACCCAUGGCACGAGCUCAGAGAAACCCAGACUGGAGGAGGUCAUCGCUGGCCGCGUCGCUGGCAUGGAGGCCUCGAGCUCCCGGCCCAGCAAGAAGGAGGACAUCAGUGACGACGACGAGCCCGUGAAGGGCAAGGACCGCUCGGCGCUGCGGGCGCUCGCCGGGACACUGAAGAGCGCCUCCAAGGAUUCGGACAGCGACGACGAGGACGCGGAGCAUGGCGGAGACUCGUCGGUUUCGAAGCUCGUGGGCAAGAGGCUCGCGUUCAAGAAGAUGGCCAGGAAGCAUCCUGGCAUAACCACGGAGCGGGAGAUCAGGAACACGUUGGCGCUUCUCGAUGAGGGCGAAUUCGAGUCGGACGAUAAGAGCCUGCCCCCUGCGUGCACGCGAUUCUUGCUUCGUGUUUUCAAGCCCGAGCACCCGCUCAGAGAGGUCGGGGUGGGCAAGUGCAGGGAGAUGAGGACCCUCGCGGAGGCUAUGGGUUUGUUGCGGGGCAAGCCAGCCCAGGCCUUGGACUACCUGAUGAGCCGCUUCCGCACGAAUCAGAAGGAGCUGAAGGAUGGACACCCGCGUGCAUCUCGUUGGCUAGAGUUGAUUCCCCCGGAGACACAGGGCUGCAGCCUCAACGAGGACGACGAGGAGAUGGCGCUGGGC